AUGGCGGGCGUCCGUGAUCCUGCAUUCUGGAAGAGGUUUUCUGUCGCGGUGCAUCUCGAUGAGGAGAAGGGACCUCUGCCUUCUGAGAGCAGCUCCGUUGACUCUCGGGGCACUUUGAAGCACAGCGACACCUGGCUGGAGAGGAAUCGGAAGAAGAAAAGAAGGACACGCAUCUGUGGCUGUUUCAUCGCUCUCACGACCACCAUCAUCAUUGUUGGCGGUGUGUUUGCCCUCAUGUACUUCUUGAAGAUCGGUCUCUUCGACAAGCACCAGCCCAAGAAUGAUGCAGAGGAGCAAUACUCAGCAACGCAGGCGGUCAAUCCUCUGGGAACACGAGAUCUUCGACAACUACAAAGCUUGAUGGCUGGAGUGCAACCGUAG